CAGCGGGGCAGCAACAGCAUCCUGUCGCUCCCCUUCCGAAAGUCCGUACAACUCUCGCUCUCCUCCUCGCUUCGACAGUACAUCUCCAAGAAGUAUGACCAACACCCGGACAUGUUCCGUCAUGACCUCGAGGUCAUUGACUCCCUCCGCCGCGAUGCCGUCAAUACGCGCGAACCCCACUCGACCGGUAUCAGGAAACUCCAAACUUAUGCCGCCCAACUGGUUUGGAUGAGCGGGAAAUUCCCAAUUGAUAUUGGCGUCGACUUUACAUGGUACCCGGCCCUGGGCUACCACACCGAGCACCCCCUCGUACAGAACAAUCUCCAAUACGAGCUACUGAACAUUCUCUACAACCUCGCUGCUCUGUAUUCACAACUGGCGAUAUCGUCGAACCGAAGUGACACCAAGGGGCUGAAGACUGCUGCGAGCUUCUUCUCUCAGGCGGCCGGCGUGCUAUCCCAUAUGAAGAAGGAAGUCCUCCCCGAAUUGCGCAUGGCCAACCCACCAGACGAUAUGGACGAGGCCACGUUGGAAGCAUUGGCUCAGCUCUUCCUUGCCCAAAGUCAAGAGUGUUUCUGGCAGAAGGCCGUCAUGGACCAAUACAAGGAUGCUUCCAUCGCCAAGUUGGCUGCUCGCGUGUCUGACCUCUACAACUUGGCAGUGGAGGCAGCCAUGCAGAGUGAAGCCAUCAGCUCUGCCUGGAUCCACCACAUGAGCGCCAAGCAUCACCACUUUGCCGCCGCUGCCCAGUACCGCGCUGCUUGUGAUUGCUUGGAGAAGAAACGAUACGGCGAGGAGGUAGCUCGGCUGAAAGACGCUGUCAAUUGCGUCACUGAAGGUCUUAAGGAGUGCAAAGGCGGCUACAUUAGCAAGGCUGUCGUUGACGAUCUCCAUGGCCUCAAGAAGCGCGUUGAAGAGGACUUGAAAAGGGCCGAAAAGGACAACGACAUCAUCUACCUGCAAAUCGUGCCGCCAAAACCUGAGCUCAAGAUCCUCGAGCGUGCUAACAUGGCGGUAGCGAGUGUUCCAUCGCAGGUCGCAAAGCCUUACGAAUAUUUCGGGGAUCAUGCCGAAUUUGGACCUGCCCUGUUCACCAAACUUGUGCCGUUCUCGGUUCAUGUCGCUGUGUCCAUCUAUGAGGAGCGAAGAGAUCGCCUUGUCAACAACAACAUCAUCGCCGAGUUGGAAACCAUGACAGACAGGCUCCACGAGAUUCUUUCGAGUUUAAACUUGCCCGGGUCAUUGCAGGCUCUUGAGAAGCCGCUUGGUUUACCCGGUACCCUUGUGCAGCACGCCGAAGAGAUUCGACAAGCCGAUGCGCUGAACAAACUGCAGCGUGGUUUCGCCGAUGUCGAGAAGCUUUGCGCCAGUGACAAGGCUGUGUUUGAAGAAGGAAAGGCUCUUCUGGCCGCCGAGGAAGAAGAAGACCACGCCUUGAGGCUCAAAUAUGGCACACAAAGGUGGGCAAGGCCCGAGUCGAGGGCUGACCCCAGUCAUGACGGUGGGGCCAAGCUGUGGAACCAAGCAGGCGACAUCGACGGAUACUUUGCUUCGAGUACGUCUAGUGAUGCUGUGGUUCGAGAGAAGUUUGCAGCGGUCAAAGAAACCCUCGCCAUCCUCGCCGGCCCAGACCGUGGUAUGAUGGACUACAUCCCCAACAGUCGCAGAACCGAGAUCCCAGAACUCCUCAAACCAGCCAUAGGACGGCUGCGGGGAGUAUACAACGACGUAUUACGGCUGGAGUCAAGGAGGAGGAAGCGGAUCGAGUCUCUUCGUGCCAGGAGCCGGGCCGAUGACAUUAAGGGCGACAUCAUGGCUGAGGCGGCGCGUCUUGAAAGGACAUACCCCAACACUCCCAUCGUGCCAGCUCACUUUGAGGACUUCUUUGACAAGCGCCUGGACAGUCUUUAUGAGUCUGAACUUGAGGCUCUCGAGAAGGAACAGGCCGAUCAGGAGAAGAUUAUGAGCGAGAUCCAGCGGGCCAACCGUGACUUUGAGUCGCAGAAGAAAGUUAUUGGCGAGAGCGGCAAUCGGGAGCGGGAAAAGGCUCUGCAGAGAUUGGAUAAUGCUUACUACAAGUACAAGGAGAUUGUUAGUAAUAUCGAGGUUGGGCGGAAGUUCUACAAUGACCUCAGUCGUAUUGUUGAGCAAUUCCGCAACCAGGCGCGCAGCUGGGUGAACGAAAGGAGACAGGAGGCGAGGAUGUUGGAGGAGUAUGUUGCCCUUUCUUCCUUCCUGGCCGUUCAAGAAUUAUUACUGACAAGCUCUUCCAGUGAACUCUCGAUGCCACCGCUAGCAUCGCUUAGUAUGCGAUCCAGCCAGCCCCAGUCGCCGCCGCAAGCGUACCAGUCCCCGGCUCCGUCGUCGUACUACAUGCAGUCGCCGCAACGGCAGCCUGUUAGGGCUCCUGCUGUUCACAGUCCUCCUGUUGAGGCGCAGAUUCAGAGCUGGGCGGAUAAUGUGCCACAGCAGCAGCCUAAGCCGAUGCCACCGAUUGCUUCGAUGCAAGGGGCUUGGAUGCCGAAUAUGGGCAUCAAGUUCUCUGGGGCAGGUGCAGGUGGCUCAGGGGGUAGUCCGGGACAGGGUCAGCAGCAGGGUGGUGGGAGCUCUUCGGGGCCUGUGAGGGGGACAUGGGAUCCUAACAGUGGGAUUAGGUUCGGUUGA